AUGUACUUCCGUCGCAUCAGUGACGACCCGGCCGACGACGAGCCCGCCAAGGCGCUCGGCGUGAAGGAUGCGCUCGAGGAGAACGAUGCCGACUCGCCGGCGGUCGACGAUGACGCCGCAGCUGUCGCGGCCCGCCACGCCCGUGAGGACAUCCUCUCAUCGUCGGCGCUCAACGCCGCCGCACUGCCGCCGCCGCCGCGCGCCGAGUACCAGGCGGACUCGGAGGGGAGCCCUGGAGACGGACUUGCGCCGCGGCGGGCGGGGCGUCCGCCUCAGUGGGUCGACUGCACCGACAGCGGGGGCGAGGGCUACGCGCCCGAGUGCGACUCCGAGCUCGACAUGCCCGGCGCGAGGCGCGGCGGCCUCUCCCACAUCGCCUCGAUGAGGGGGAUGUGGGAGCAGGCGGACUCGAUGGAGGCGCAGCUGGAGGAGGCGGUCAGCUCGUCGCUGCAGGCGGCGGUCGCCGCCGCGCGCACCGCCGGCCAAUCCCAUGGCCGCAGCUCCACGGCGCACCGAGGCGAGCUGCGGGCGAUGGACAUGGACGUGAACGCCACGCGCGAGGCGAGCGCGCAGCUGAUCCAGGACGCUCAGAAGCGGCACAUGGCCCUCGCCGGCCAGGUGAGCGAGUACGAGGCUGCCCUCGACCAGGCGGACAAGGAGGCGGACGGCCUCAAGGCGCGCCUCUCUGCAGAGAGUGCCGCCGCGUCGUCCGCCCGUGAAGAGGCGGCGGAGCUGCGUGCAGCGCUCGCCGAGGGGGAGGGGCGCAGCGCCGCGCUCGAGGCUGCGCGGGCGACGCUUGCUGCAGCAGUGGAGGCGAAGGAGGAGGAGCUGCGGGCGAGCCGUGCCGAGGGCGAGGCGGGCUCCGCCGCGCUCGCGAGUGCUCACGCCGAGGUUGCGCGUCUUGCUGCGGCGAGGGCGGGGGAGGUCGAGGCCCGCUCGCUGGCGGUGCUCCGCACGGACGCCGAGUUGGCGUCGCUGACGGACGACUUGCGUCGCGCGGAGGCUGCGGGCCACCGGCUUGCGGGCGAGCGGGACCAGUGGGAGCAGCUUGCUGCGGAGCUCGAGGCGGCGCAGCAGCAGGCGCGGAGGGGGGAGGGGGGCGGGCCGCGGCCCAGGAGGAGGGGGGAGGCCCUUUCCUGCGGACGAGGCGAAGGCCGCCCGCGCCGCUGCUGA